ACAGACCUUGAGGGAAAGUGGCAGCAUCUCUGCGGCUUAAAACAGGAGAGAAAAUAUGAAAGACUGAGGAUUAUAUGAUCUUCCUUAACAUUCAGCAGCACUCUGAACUGUUUACCUCUGGAUUAGCAGAUUUUUGUCAUUUCUUUGUCAAUUGUUUCCUCCAUCUUUCUGGAUCUUUCAGCAUCUUUUUACUUUCAGUAGCUUCCUGUUUUGCCCUCUUGUUUCUCGCACACUGUCUCUUGCUCUCUGUGUCUUUCUGAGCUCAGUUUGAUGAGAUGAGAAGCCUCAGUGCUAGGAGUUAGCAUUAGCGUGAGUAAGCGAGCUGGACAGGAGUGCACACACACGCACUUACACACAUACACACACACACACUCUCACAGAGAGGGAGAGGAAGAAAAAAUAACGAGGAGAGCCAGGACGGGGGCUGUGUGCAGAGGGAGGGAGGAUGCUGUUGCCCCCCAGGCUGAGGAAGGGGGGCAGCAGGUCGGUCAUCACCUCCCUCACCACCAUCACCGAGGAAGAUGAGGAGCAGCGGAGCCGGUGCAAGAAACGCAGGAGAGGAGAAUCUGACUCCCAUCUCCAAGGCUAUGAGAAAAAACCUUUAAGUCGGCCAGACUCCACAACCUCAGGACACAACACGUACGGUAUAUCCAGUUCUGCAGAUGUACAGAAUAGACCAGAAACCCUGGUUCUCAAACCCGAUGACAGACAGAGACUGGCUCGAGAGAGGAGGGAGGAGAAAGAGAAACAGAACGCUGUGCGAGAGGCUCAGUUAUUGGAGCGUGAGGAGCGAGCAAGGCAGUACUAUGAAAAGCAGCUGGAGGACAGAAGGAGGCACCUGGAAGAGCAAAGGUUUAAGGAGGAGAGGAGGCGAGCCGCCGUGGAGGAGAAACGACGUCAGAAGCUAGAAGAGGAGAAGGCUCGCUAUGAGGCUGUGGUGAGAAGGACCUUGGAAAAGAGUCAGCGAGUCAGACCGAAGCAGAACCGCUGGAGCUGGGGAGGAACCCUAAACUCCAGCACCUCGCACAACAGCGGUAAACCCACCGCAAUAAACACCAGCAACCACCAGUACUACACUUCUACAUAUGCUGACAGAAGGUCAAUCUCCACCAUGAAUCUGUCCAAGCACAUAGACCCAGUCAUAAACAAACGUCUGUCUUCAUCUUCUGCCACACUGUUAAACUCGCCAGACCGAGGCUUACAGAAGCAGACGUCCUUGUCCUCCUCUUGCUUAGUAACUAAAGUACCGUCUAAAGCUCGAGUGUCCAGAGAGAAGAUCCAUCAGGACAGACCUGCAGGUAUACGUCGUUUGCCUCUAACCCCAUGGGAGAACAAUGUAGUCACUCGCUUACAGACACCAACACACUCAUACCUGGCCAGAAGUCGUAGUGCUGUGUGUCUGUCUGGAGAAGCAGUGACCCCCGUUUGUCCUCGCUCAGCCUCCUGUCACCAAACGAGCUCACUGUCCUUCAAGGCCAUGCAGUCACGCAGCGCUGAGCGACCAAUCAGAGCCGGCCUCAGCCUUGAGCGAGCCAUCAGAGCCGGGCCGGAAGGAACCCCGUGUAGGAAGGCAACCCAGAAUAUGCCGACUGAUAGGAAGGAUAAGGACAAUGUGCGCAAGUCCUGGAGUAAUCUGUCGUGUCCCACUCCAACUCUGAACCUUGCCACCACAAAGCGAGCUCCCUCUCCUGGCAGCCAGCGCACUAAAUUAAACCAACCAUCAUCUGCCAGGAGUUCCACUAAACCACCGUUGAAGUCUCCCAUGUCCAGAAGAUCCAGAUCUCCACCUCCACCAUCUUCCAUGCCCUUAUCUCCUAGCAACCCUUCUCUGUUGCCUGGUAACCUGCGCCCCAGCCGGGGUAAGCCAGAGAGUCCGAGAGCAAGUCCAGAGGUUGUGAAAAACCUGAAGGAGGAAGAAAAGGCCAAAAGAGAAGAGACAGAGGGCAGCAAGGAAGAGGAUGAGGAGGUGGAUAAAGAGAAGAGGGAACAAAGUGAGAAAAAAGCAGCAGCAGCUGAAAUCUCCACACGUAAAUCAGAGUCCAAUGGUAUUGAGAGGGUGACGAGUCCUCCAGCAGUCAGAGUUAGUGCAGGAACCACAGACCCAGAGGAGGCGUCUCGACUGCUGGCUGAGAAACGACGACAGGCCAGAGAGCAGAGAGAGAAAGAGGAGGAAGAGAAGAGGCAGCAGGAGGAGGCAGAAAGACGACAUAGAGAGGAAAUGGCACGGAAGAUAGCUGAGGAGAGAGCGAAAAGAGAAGAGGAGGCCCAGCGUCUGGCUGAAGAGAAAAAACACAAGGAGGAAGAAGAGAGACGUUUAGAAGAGGAGAGACUGCAGAGAGAGAAGGAAGAAGCAGAACAGCUGCAGAGACAGAAAGAGGAAGAGGAGGCUCGUCAGCGUGAAGAGGCUGAGCGUUUACGUCACGAGAGAGAGAAACACUUCCAGAAAGAAGAGGCUGAGAGACUCGAGAGGAAAAAGCGUCUCGAGGAGAUCAUGAAACGCACACGCCGUUCAGAUCAGAAAAGCCCCGGUCAGAGUCAGAGGAACGGAGACUUGAGUCAGCAGAAUUCUCAGGAUGCAGUGAAUGUGAUGCCUGGGAUCCCGUCAAUCACCGUCUCUGCUCCACAGAUCCCUCAUGCCACACAGCACAGUGACAGCAACGGACACACUAACCCUGACCUCAGCUUACACACACUGCCCUCUUCUGGACAUGACAUGAGCACAGAAGCCCUUCAAGAAAAUGGCGUCGUCAUGGAGACCUUCGAGGAAGUGAUUGAAGUGCCCAUGGUGACCAAGUUGUCCCGUCAGGAGGGAGACGGAGAGGAAGAAGAUGAGAGGAGGAAGACUCCGCUGCUGGCUUUCAGAGAGAACGGGAGCACACAUGACCUGAGCACAUGGGACCAAAGCCAAGUGCAGCACCAUGCAGGUGAUGCCUGAAACCCUCAGAGAGCAUGACGGGAAACAAAGUGCUGUAUUUUCUCCAUGUAGAUGUCCGGUUAUGUGAAGAGAAAGUAACUAGAACACGCUCUUCUCUUCUCAAGUGGACCGCUCUCUGCAUCCUUGCGCUCCCUGUAAUGCAGCCCCUUCCUUCUGAUCCCCCCCAAACGCUAAAGUGGUAUGUUCCAGGAACAUAGUGGAUUAACGUGCAGUUAGUGUGUAUGUGGAAAACCUGUGGAUUUAAAUAAGCUGUAAAGUCUGAUCGAAUACUUGAAGUUUUUUUUUUGCUUUGUUUGUUUCUGUUGAGGUAAAAUUCAGUAAAGUGCUAACUGUUGCGAAAGCGCCGGAUGACUUAUGACUUCUGAAAUCUGUAGAAACAUCCGGGAAUGGUUCUUAAACGAAGUUGAACGCAUCAUGACUUUUUACAAGAAUGAAGAGAAAGUAUGAAGAAAUAGUAUUUUCCUACUUCUUUCUAAAGCUUUAUUAUACAUUUGCUUGAUUUCGUCAGUGUUGCAUUGGGGAUGAGUCUUCUGUAGAGAUGCACCGAAAUUUGGAGUGAAAAUUCUUGGCCCAAAAACUUUUUUCAUUCACCCCCCCCACUCACUUUUUUCCCCUUUUUCCAAAAAGAGUUCAACAUGCAGAGACAGUUCUUAAUAUUCUAUGAAAGCUGUUAGUGCUAGUGUAAUAGUUUUAUGUUUUUUAUGUUCUCUUCUUGGACCUCUGGAGUAAUCUCCUGCUGAAAGCACAAACAUUAUUAUUAUUAUUAUUAUUAUUAUUAUUAUUAUUAUUAUUAUUAUUAUUAUCAUUAUCAGAUCCUCCAAAAAACAUAUUUUGAUUCAUUUGCUGACUUUUUUUUUUAGCUGCUUCUUUUUAUCAGCUAAAGCUGUCCCGUUUUCAUUCCUUAACGAAAGCAUAUAUAAAUAAUAAAUAAGACCACUUCAGUUUUUAGCCAGGAAUUCAUUUUGGUGCAUCUCUACCUCUGAAGCGAGUGAAGACUCAAUCCAAAAAUCUCACCCACCAAACACUGUCUGAUCUCCUGUCUAAUGCAGCCGGAUUAUAAUUGCCCGCCACGUUCAGAGAGGAUCAGACGGAGGGCAGAGUUUCUCAGCUGCGUGGCAACACAAUCAGUACAUUAAUAAUUAGUCAAAUAACAAGUGAAGACAAUGAAGUUGAAACGCUGCUAUGUGUAACUUCCCUAUGCCUUAUCAGAUCAGGACAUGUGUGUUUGGGUUUUAAGGGCUGAUGAUCACCCUCCACACCACACUUCAUACGCUUUACAGCCGGAUUAGAUCUUUCGAGGUGUUGUCUCAGUUUGCUCAGUGUGUGUAACUGCUCUGGAUCGAGGAUCUGCUCCAGAUUCGCUUUAGCUCUGUGAUGCUGUUGUGAUGGAACACUGAACCACAGAGCUAACACUACUGUAUGAUGUGUUCAGUGGAGCUGCUGUAAAGUUAGAUUUGUCUACAGUAAACACAGAUAUGAUUAUAAAGUACAAAGACUGAAUUUAUCUGAUAAGGAUGAGAACGGCGGAUAUCUGAUAUAAAAUUAAACUGGCAUCUGGACCAGCUAGAACGGAGACCUCGUCAUAACCCAGAAAGCUUAGAUUUAGUUCGGUGGAGUUUCUAAACUCUUUACAUUCAUCCUUUUGUCAUCGUAAUCCAGCCUUCUCUUUCUUCAUUCACAUUCAUCAUUCUCAUCUCCCAAAAGCAGUCUCAUCUGUAUAGCAUGUAAAAAAAAAUAUAUAUUAAA